GAGAGAGAGAAAAUGGCGUCGUCAUCAUCGAGAGGAGAGAUGGAGAAGAUUGGAAUCGAUCAGCUGAAGGCGUUAAAGGAGCAAGCGGAUCUGGAAGUGAAUCUCCUUCAAAAUAGUCUUAACAACAUCCGUACAGCCACCGUCCGUCUUGAUGCCGCCGCCGCAGCUCUCAACGAUCUAUCUCCUUUGAUUGGCGAUGUUACCGCCGCCGCUGCUAGGUUUCGAUAUGGAUCUGUUUCGAUGGAGGUGGUGAUAGCGUACAGUCCAAAUGAUGCAAGGUGAACGUUGAUGCAGAGUACCUCAAAGAGAUAGAGAAGACUCGUAGAGACCUUUGAGCUCUCAUCUCUUCCAG